AUGAUCUCUAGACGUGCUUUGCAGACGGCCCUCCGUUCCGGCGUCAGACCCCAGGUCGCUGCCGUUCCUACUGUCGCCGCUCGCACAUACGCCACUGUCCCCACCACCGUCAAUGAGGACCUUCUCAAGCCAACCAAGUACGGCGGCAAGUACGUCGUCACUUUAAUACCAGGUGACGGUAUUGGUAUCGAAACUGCCGACGCUGUUAGAACAGUCUUCAAGGCCGACAACGUCCCAGUCGAAUUUGAACAGAUCGAUGUCUCCGGUCUCGAGGAAGGCAAGAAGAAUGCCGACGUUCUCUUCAAGGAGUGCAUUGCCUCCCUAAAGAGGAAUAAGGUCGGUCUUAAGGGUAUUGUCUACACACCCGUUGACCGUACCGGCCACGCUUCCUUCAACGUCGCUCUCCGUCAAGAACUCGACAUCUAUGCCUCCGUCGUCCUCAUCAAGAACAUCCCAGGUCUCCAGACCCGUCACCAAAAUGUCGACUUCUGCCUCAUCCGUGAGAACACCGAGGGUGAAUACUCCGGUCUCGAGCACCAAUCCGUCCCAGGAGUCGUCGAGUCCCUCAAAAUCAUCACUCGUGCCAAGUCUGAACGUAUCGCUCGUUUCGCAUUCAACUUUGCUAAGGCCAAUGGAAGGAAGAAGGUUACUGUCAUCCACAAGGCAAACAUUAUGAAGCUCGGUGACGGUCUUUUCAGGUCUACUUUCCAGAGAGUCGCUGAAGAAUACCCUUCUCUUAUUACCAACGACUUGAUCGUUGAUAAUGCUUCCAUGCAGGCUGUCUCCAAGCCUCAACAGUUCGAUGUUUUGGUCAUGCCAAACUUGUACGGUGGUAUUUUGUCGAAUAUCGGUGCCGGACUUGUCGGUGGUCCAGGUGUCGUUCCUGGAUGCAACAUGGGACGCGAACAUGCCGUUUUCGAACCAGGUUGCAGACACGUUGGUUUGGAUAUCAAGGGACAGGGACGUGCCAAUCCUACAGCUAUGUUGUUGAGCGGUGCUAUGAUGUUGAGACAUUUGGGACUUGACCAGCACGCUGGAAGAAUCUCGCAGGCUGUUUACAACGUUAUUGCUGAGGGCAAAGUCAAGACGCACGAUAUGCACGGAACCAACAGCACCGGCGAAUUCACAAACGAGGUUUUGCGCAAGAUGGAUGAGCUUGCUUAG